AUGAGGCCAUAUAAUACCCGUCACAAGACGCUGUCUCUACACUCGCUGGGCAUCCACGUUCCCGGCAGUGGUCCUGCGCGCGCUGCAACAGCGAGCCGAACCUCGCCUGCCAGCAGUUGCCACAGCCACAGCAAUCACAGCAAUAGCAGCGCAUCUUCAUUAACGCCGAAAGACGACCAGCCGCCUGCGAAGAGGCAAAAGCGCGCGCACAGCGAGUCGUCAGAUACAGCGCCGGCACUCGACCGGCUCCCAAAGAAGCGCGACGAUGUUGCGGCAAAUCGCAAGUACGAAAAUACACCGCCGCCCUCGCCGCCCGCCGACGUCGAGCGCCCCUCUAUCGAAACCGAUGAUACGCCGGCACCGAGACCAAUCGACAUGUCGAGCAUCAAUGAUGAGAUCGUUGAGGCCGUCAUUGUUCAACUGCAAAAAUCGAGGAAUCGGCCCCAUCUGGUCAAGGAGUUGGCGACCAUUCUAAUGCCGCAGCUGAAGAUCGUUCAACAAUCUGCGAACCCAUGCGCCAUCAUCUCGUCGCGGCUAUCAGCCUUCUUGAAGCGGCCGGGUUGGUCAACCGACUCGCCCUGCCCUUUGGCCAAAGAGCUCGAGUCGGUACAUCCUCGCCGCACAUACUUCUACUUGACUACCUGCCCACGCCAGCCGCUGCCGGAUCCGGCCCAGGCGACAUCGGUUCCCAGCCGAUCCAUUAUUUCUCCCAGUCCCUCCUCCAGCUCGGCUGAUGAUUCUUCAGAUGACUUGGAGAGGCGACGUGAGCUCAGUCCGAGCCCUGAGGUAGACCUGUCAAGCCCGGAGCUGGAUGACAUCGAUGAUGAUUUCACCAUGCCGGGCACGCCUAUCGGGUCUUUCACGAUGCGCGGCGGCUACUAUAUGCCGUCGCGCCAUCACCAGAGCGGGUCGAACCGGAUCCAUAUCCAUCGCUCCGCGUCGCCCCCUCUGGAGAAGGACGAGAAGGAAUUCACGCAGACCGCUGACGGCCUGCAAAAAAGGAAACUCAACGGCGACAACAUGUCGUCGCUGCUGGACGUCCAGGGUCCGCCGUCCGCCGGCGCAACCGGCUCCAGCAUAAUGAUCGAUCUCGAAAGGGACGAUCCUUUUGGUGUCGCCAGCAUACCUCCGCCGUCGUCCUCGACAAAUUUCCUUCUCUCCAGUCCAGCCAUUCGCCCGGCGUCGGCUGCGGCGGCGAGCAGCAAUGUGUCGUCGGUCAGCUUUGGGAAAAAGGAUAGCGACAUGAUGAUCAUGAGCGGCGUCGACGGCAGCUGGGCCAGGCUGGACGGCAUGCUUGAGUGGGAUCGUAGCCCAGAAAGUAUCGAGCUGGAGGAGCUCGACGGGCUAUUGGACGACUACUGA